AGUUCAGGUGAGUAGUGAUGAACAAAUUUAUGCUGGAAUAUUUCAUGUAUCUAGAUAUAUUAAUAUAUUUCUUUUUUGUUUAUAUAAAUAGAUAACACCAGAUUUAGGUUUAUAAUUAAUUCAAACUAAAUCCAGAUUUACCGCUUUGGGUGUUUCUUUUUCUUUUUUCUUUUUUUUUGUGAAUCAUUUAGUUUAAGAUUAUGAAUGGCGUUCAGAUUGUUGCCAAUUAAUAGUAUUGUAGACAUGGUGUAAGUUGAUUUUUUUGACAUUGCAGUGCUAUUGGCUAUGGAAAUGAACUCAUUAUUGGAAUCAGAUUGGGCAUGGCUUCCUAAGGAUUUAUUAGCUACGAUUCUCGACAAACUGGUUUUGCUGUCCGAUUAUGUUCGCUUUGGUGUAGUCUGUAAAGAAUGGCAGUAUGUAGUAAUGGAGAACAAAGUUGAAUUCCUUCAAAAGAAGUGUUGUAGACAAGUUCCAUUCUUAAUGGUUCCUACAGAAGAUAAUAGGGAGGAAAGACGUAGUCUAUACAGCAUCACUCACAAUAAAUUAUAUGACUUUCAGUUACGGGUACCUUACACAAAGAGGCUUUUUGGUUCCUCACAUGAAUUUGACCACGUUGAAGACUAUAUUGAUAUCGACCCCGAAAUUGGAUAUUACGACACAACACCUGUUGAGGAUGAAGUUGAUUUUGAAGUUAUGAAAGCUACAGUGUCUGCUGAUCCUGUUUUAUCUCCUAAUGACUAUAUUCCAGGAGACAAAGCUUGGACUUACAUUGAUAGAGAGAGAUUUUUCCUCAUCCAUGAUGUCAUAUAUUAUAAAGACAAUAUUUUUGCAGUUGGUUAUUGGAGUAGAAUCAUAAUGGUUGAUCUUAAUAAAAGGGUUGGGGAGAGUAUGGCUGCUCAAGUGAAGGUAAUUGCACCAAAGACUGAUGUUGUUUUUGAUCGGACGUAUCUUGUUGAAUCAUCUCGCGGGGAUUUACUUCUUGUGCAAAGGAAUAUGGUAUAUGAUGAACAUAAUGAUUGUAAGCAUGAAACUACAGGGUUUAAGGUUUUCAAGUUGCUCUUAGAGCAACUUGAACAGGGUUUGCCUAAGCGGGUUGAAAUGAAGGGCUUGGACGGAGACGCCAUGUUUUUGGGAGAUAACCAUUCAAUUUGUAUUUCAGCUUCCAAAUGGCCAGGCUGCCAGCCAAAUUCUAUAUACUACACCGAUGAUUAUAUUGACCUUCAUUUCCAUCCCCCAUGUGGUCGCCGUGACAAUGGCAUCUUCAAUGUAGAGAGUGGAAGCUUUGGGACACAUUACACUCUUGAUCCGUCACAUAAUCAUAUGCCGCCCUCAAUUUGGAUUUUGCCAACUAUGUUAGGAAACUGACUACUACUAUAAUGAAUGUCUUUUGGUUGAAUCUAAUUUGUUUAGUUCUUCUUUAUUUUUAUGUGCUGAUACAUACCUAUUUUUUUCUCCGUUAUAUUAAAAAUAUAAAGAUAAUGUUUGUGAGAAUAAAGGAAAUAUUGUUUGCGGUUGGUUCUAUCUCUUUAUGGUCAUAAAAUAUGACAGAAUCGAAUUCAAUUUUUUAUUUUAUUUUUUUCUUUUGGUAACAAGUAAAUACUGGUAUCUUUUUCUCUGUCAGCUCAUGAAUUAUAUUACUUAAAAUCAGGGUUGGAAACACUUGAACGUUGCUUUAUAAUUAAACUGUCCUAUACAAUGCAAUCCAGCUCUCUAACUGUUCGUUCAUUCAAAACUUUGUAAGACCACAUAU